GUGCUAAAGAGAAAACUAAAUGCUGAUGGUAUAGUGGAUAAGUUUAAAGCCAGUGUGAAGUUGUUCAAGAACACUGGUGAUAAUGUUAGACAACCUGAGUAUGCAAGCAUUAUUGGUAGCCUCCGUUAUACUACUGAUUGCACUAGACCAAAUAUAGCCUAUACUGUGGGAGUGUUGUGCAGAUUUACGAGCAGUCCCAAUGAUGAGCAUUGGUGGGCUGUUGAAAGGGUAAUGAGAUACCUUAGAAGAACCAUUAACCAUGGUUUAAACUAUGAGAAGUUUCCCGCUGUCCUUGAAGGAUAUAGCGAUGCUGAUUGGAACACACUGUCAGAAGACUCCAAAGCCACAAGUGGCUACAUCUUUAAGAUAGCAGGAGCUGCAGUGUCAUGGAAGUCUAAGAAACAGACUAUAUUAGCUCAGUCUACAAUGAAAUCAGAAAUGAUUGCAUUAACAACUGCUAGUGAAGAGGCAAAG